AUGUCAAAAGAAGUAGCGGGUAGAAGUAAAGUUAAGAAACGAAGGAAAGUGAGGCGAAAGAAAGUUCAUAAUGCGAGAGAAGUAGCUAUCGAAGAUGAACUCGUCAAAAACCGACUAAAUGCAAAAUUUAAAGUGAAAGCACAACGAUCAAAUGAUGAUGGUAUGCCAUGCUUAAGGCUAAGUAAAAAAGAACAAAUGGUAGUGAAAAAUGGUGAGAAACAUGAUGUUUUAUUGAAGAGGAGUCAAGAAGCAUUGUUGAAUCGUUUAAAUCAAGUUGAAUGUAAUGAAGUGAAGAUAGCAACUCGAUGGAAGUGCGCCCUGUGUCAGCAACGUACUUUACGUUCUUUUUUGGGUGACCUAUUUGGUCCAUACUUUAUACGAUUGAAUGGAAAUCACUGGCCUACACAUUUGGCUAAGAAACCACAAAAGAUAAAUGAACAAACAGAGAUAUACUGCGACAUCUGGCUUCAUGGUCCGUGUGCUGUAACAGCACCUGGCAUAUAUCUGGUUGGCAAUCAACUUGAGGGGCUGGAAACGAAAAUCAAUACUUUUUGGACACAGCAUUGUGCAGUAUGCAAUAAAGAGGGUGCAGCAAUUGAAAAUCGCGGCAAGUAUUAUCACUUUCCAUGCGCUGUGCAAAAAGGUUCCGAUCAUUAA